GUCUCUGAAGUGUUCACAUAUAGAGAUCUGACAAUGCUUCACAUGUGUGUGUUGUUCUGCGUGUGUCGUCUGGCCGGUGUGUUUGGUGAUUCAGUGUCAGUGAUGGAGGGAGAUUCUGUUACUCUAAACACUGAUCUCACUGAAAUACCUGAAGAUGAAGAUAUACUGUGGAAAUAUGGAGCUGAAAACUCUCUGAUAGCUCAAAUCAUCAUUGAGAACCAAAUCUUCUACACUUCUAAUGAUGUUCCUGAUGGGAGAUUCAGAGACAGACUGAAGCUGGACGAUCAAACUGGAUCUCUGACCAUCACAAACACCACAACUGAACAUGCUGGAGUUUAUAGACUAGAGAUAAGAGGAACAAAAAUAACAUCAAAAACAUUCAGUGUUUCUGUCUAUGCUCGUCUGCCUGUUCCCGUCAUCAUCAGUAACUCUUCACAAUGUUCUUCAAAUUGUUCAGUGGUGUGUUCAUCAUCAGUGUUGAGUGUGUGUGAUGCGACUCUGUCCUGGUACGCAGGAAUGAGUGUAUUGUCCAGCAUCAGUGUGUGUGAUCUCAGCAUCAGUCUCUCUCUACCUCUGGAGGUGGAAUAUCAGGAUAAAAACACCUACAGCUGUGUGCUGAACAAUCCCAUCAGCAACCAGACCACACAUCUGGACAUCAACACACUCUGCAGACACACAUGUGCAGCAGAAAACAAGAACUAUUCAGAAGGCCACGCCCCCUGUUGUGAUUCUGUUGAAGCUGUGCUGCGAUUGGUCGUCACUGCGCUGAUGGGCGUGGCUGCUGCGGCUGCUGUUGUUCUUCUGGUCAAUGACGUCAGAGCGUCAAGAGGAUGACAGGAGAACAGAACAGAAGUCAUAAAUAUUGUGGGAUUUAGGCUUAUUUCCGGUUUUGUUAUUGAAAUACUUUAGCCUUUUCUAUGCUUGAUUGUAAAGGGUUUAUUACUCGAAUCUGUCGUAUUGGGCCAUAUUCUUGAAUAUUUCAUUUCAUUCUUUAAUGUCAUCCAUUUUAUAUUUCGUUGUUAACUGCUGUGUUUUUUCUUAACUUGUUAUGUUCCUGUUUUCAUUUUGUUGUGGACUAUAACUGUAUGCAGCAAACCCACAAGUGUAAAACUGUCACACCAAUAAAUCCCUGUAUUGAAAAGAAAACUGAAUAUAACUUAUUUAACUGAUAAACAGCAAUGAAUCACACAUAGGCCUAAAUGACAAUUUAAGGGUACAGUAUAAUAAAAGAGUCAGAGUUGUUCAUCAUAAACAUUACAGAUAUUACAUCGUUAAAGACCGGAUCAAAGACUGGAAGAUCAUUUGUUUUGAUGACAGAGUAUUAAGCACAUUCAAUUUCAAAGCACGAAACAUUUAUAAAUCCUUUGUUUCGAAGUAGUGUUUUGGAGCCAUAAACAGUAAAAAAUACAUAGGGGAAAAACAAGAUAUGACCUUGUUAUGCUCUUGAUCUUUACUCUUUGUAAUGAUUAUGAUCGAGUUU